AUGGUGCUCUUGGAGGUCAAAAAAGCCGAGCAGUUGCUGUUUCUGGCUGAGUUCCCGGGAUCGACCCACGUUGCCCAAGUUGUCGAUGCCGUGGUCGACGUUGAAAACAAGCGCCAACGCGUUGUGCGUUUGAUCUCAGCAUGCGAGGAGCUGAUUCAGUAUGGCCAGCUGAAGCCUGAGUCCCAGCAGGGGUUUUCCGAGGAAGAACUUGAAGAGAUGGCGCGUCGCGAGAAGGAAAAGAAGGAGCAAGGCAGUCGCUUUGAGGAGAUUGUCGAGAAAAAGCGAGGCAAAGACAGCCGGGGCAACGAAGUACUACUGAAUCCCGACCCGACUGGUCGGCGGACGGGCGAGGGUAAAGGCCAUCGAGGACAAUCUCGUAACGCUGGUGCCGUCUCUUCUCUGCAGGAAAACAUCAAAGCAGGCCGGGUGUUGACUGCUGAUGCUCUUGACCGAUGCCUCAAUCUUAUCAGUGGUGCCGUCACGAUUGUGUAUCCGAUGGGCCUUGUCGAGUGGGAGCCUGCUCGGCUUGCAAUCGAGGACAACGAGGAUCUCGCGGGAACCGAGGCGUCCAAGAGUGUGUUCGAUCCAGCCGACACUAGCAUGUGGUGGGCGGGCAAGGAGCUUGCUCGCGAAAAGCAUCUCUCGGACUACGUGGGUCGAAACGAAAAGACCAAAAUUGUCGCCAAGAUCCAAAAGAGGGGACGCCAUGCCCCUGUUCGCGAGCCGCCGCUGAACGAAGAGGGCCAGAAGGCCUUGAUGGCGUAUUACUACAAGAAACAGGAAGAGCAAAAGAAAUUGGAAGAGAACGACGAAGACGACUACUUGAACUCGUCCUGGGCUAAUCCCAAGGCGCUGCGGAACCACUUUCAAGGCAUGUCGAACAUCUCCUGGCGGCCCAAGUAG